UGGUUGCCUGUUUUGUGUCAUUCCCUUGAAAAUUUUCAUUUUGUGCUUUUCAUUAAAUCUUCACAAAAAUGCCUCUCAAUAGACAAUUUCAGAUUUUGAAUUUUGAUAUCGUUCUGUCCAUAUUCCUAAGAAAUUUCAGACGGGAAGUAAACUUCAAUUUUUCUGCAAAUAUUGUGAAGAAAUUACGUCAUUUUCUAUUUUUGAUUAGAAUACGGGAAGUGUAAUCUGGGCACUAGUUUCCUAACUGGAAUUAUGGUAAUUUGAAAUGGCGGAUUGUUUGUUGUAUCAUUUUUGCGAAUUUUGGAAUUUUCGGUGAUGAUGUCACACCAGUCUUUGUAAUUUAGUUUUGGCUUUGAUUCAGACCUACCACGUGAAUGGGCUAUUGAUGCUGACAGACUAAAGUUGUAGUGUAAGUCGAAUUACACUGUAGGCCCUCUGCUGCCCAUACACGAGGCCACAAAUCUCGUCGGGAAAAGUGUUUUAAUAUCAGUCAUUUUGAGCUCGAUGCAGGGCUCGAUGGCAUUUGGAAAGCAGGGAGUAAAUCAAUAAACAGAUCCAUAGCAAUUGUGAUUUUAUGUUGAAUUCUAGAGAUUGCAGCACUGCACGUGCAAGAUCUUUUUCCAGUGUCGGAUUGCUGUGGUGGCCUAAGGCCGGCUACAUCUGUGGACUGCAAAUAUUUAUAAUGUUCUAGAUCAGGAGUGGGCAAUCGAGACUGGGUCAGAUCCUUCAAUCAUUUCUUUAAGCAGGCUAAAGAUCACUCUACAAGAUGAGCAAUACUAGUGAUGCUUCUGAAGAGUGGAUGAAAAAGACUACUCUUGGAAGAGGGACAUUUGGUCAUGUAACAUUAUGGGAACAUAAAGUAACUCAUGAAGUGCUAGCAAUUAAAGAGUGCAGUGUCCAGCUAGAUCCAAAGAAUAGCCAAAGAUGGAGGAAAGAAAUUGAUAUGCUUUCAGAAAAAAAACAUCCAAAUUUAGUUGGUUUCAGAGAAAUUCCUCCAUCUUUGUCCAGACUACUGAAGACUACAGAACCAUGCUUGGGAAUGGAACACUGUGAAGGAGGGGAUCUUAGAAAGGUCCUUAGUCGUCCUGCCAACUUCACUGGGCUUAGUGAGUUUGCUGUUUUAAAUAUCCUAAGAGAUGUUUCCAACGCGGUCCAAUUCCUGCAUUCACACAAAAUAAUCCACAGAGACCUGAAACCUGAGAAUAUUCUAAUAAGUUUCAUUGGGAUAAAGAUUGUUUACAAGAUUACAGAUCUUGGUUAUGCAAAAGAUUUGAAUCAAAACAGCGUCGCAGAUUCGUUUGUAGGAACAAUGAAAUACGUGGCACCUGAAGUUUUUACGUCAAAACCGCCAGAAGGAUACACAUUUACUGCAGACUUUUGGAGUUUGGGGAAUGUUUUGUUUGAGUGUAUAACAGGAUACAGACCUUUUGAUUUUGAAAUGAGUUUUGUCACAUGGCGUGAAAAAGUUGCAAUGAAAAGUUCAAACGACAUUUGUGGCACAGAAGAAUCAGGUGAAGUGCAAUUUCAUUCAAAGAUUCCACGGCCCUAUAAAUUAUCAAGCCCUCUGAUUCCAUUAUUUGAAGAAUGGCUACGGCUAGUUAUGGAAUGGGACCCAAAGACCCGGGGUGGCCAAAAGGAUGAUAAUGGUAUUCGAAUGUGCUACCACGUGGCAAAGAAAAUCCAAAACACAAAGAUUCUUCAUGUUUUUUCUGUAAAUAGAUGCCAGCUUUUUUCAUUCAAAAUGGAAGAAAGCGACACGGUUGGUGAUUUGGAAGACAAGCUAAAUAUUGAAUUUUGUAUGGAUCCUGAGGAAACUACAUUACUUCUUGCUGACGGAAAGAUCUUGCAUUCUGAUGGAUUAUUAUUAGAGUGUUACAAUCAGCCCGGCGACAGUGAAUGGUUGGUCUACGCUGUCAACAUACCCCAAGUCUUGCAAGCCAAAAACAGUCGCUCUAAAUCGCUGCUUGGCAAUCGUCAUGGUUAUCAGCAACUACCUAAAGAAGUCAGACUUCUCGUUGAACAGCCUGAUACGCCGAAGUCGCCUACAGAGUUCAAAAGACUUUGGGGACACGCGUUGUAUUUUAUUAGUGAACUUGCAAAGAGCUAUCGACGGCUGCUACAGGCCCAACGAGCAGUCAUGAUUACGCUGAUGAGCUGCAAUUCCAACUUGAUGCUCCUCAAGGACGAGAUGACUGCUGAGGCAUACAAACUUCAUGCAAAUUUAGAAAUGUUUAUACAGAGCUGUGAACAUGACUUGAAGUUAUUUUACGAAAUUGGGUUUAACCGAAAUUCAUCCAACAAGUAUUACUCGGAAGAGCUGAAGAAAAUGAUUGACAUAGCAAAAGCGUACCAAGAGGAUAUUGCUCAAGACAUCAGUUCACGGAUAACCAGUGCACAGAGGGAGCUCAUCAGCCUGAAGAACAACUCUCUCAUCGCGAACCAAGACACAAAGCUUGACAAAAUAUCAAAAUUGGCCGAAAGCCACCUGGACCAACUUCUGAAAUACGAUCAUUCCGUACAAGAAAAGAUGCAUAGCGAAUAUUUGGCUAAUUUGGUUCAUCAAAUCCCGACUAUAUGGGAUCCACUGGAAUCAAGUUUUUAUGAACAACUAAGGAAAGUACUCAGUUGUAAACAAAACAUGGAAAAACUGGUUCCAGAGUUGAAAAGUGUUAUAGAUACACUACGAGGACAUAGGGAGAAGCUCAACAAGAUGAUGAAACAAAAACAAGAUUUAACUUGGAAGACUUUAAUCAGCCCUGCGGAAAAUACAUCUCCGUAUUCUUCUGGUUUUGAUUCUGUCACCAACGCCCUUACCUCGAUCAUCGAGGAUACCCAAAAAGAAUCGGUAGAUCCGGUAUCGCUAAUAGCGGAAAACGAAGGUGAACUCGAGAGACUUGGCGAGUUGCUUAAAGACUUUAAACAAGCCACACAUACGAAAAAAGAGAAUGAAAAAUGAAGUUGAGAAAGUUGAAACAAAGCAAGGUAGACGUUGGUAGGAAGCCUUGUCCACUCUAGCAAGACGGAAGCUUCACUCAAGAAAAGAGAAUGAUUUACGAAUAAAUGAGAUCCCGAAAUUGAGGCAGGUUGCUAAUGAUUCGCCGCGAAGCAGCACACUGCUCCUAGAAAAGAUGAACGGAAAGGGAAGUGCUUCCUUCAAAAUAUGGAUAUUGCUAAAUUGAAAUUUUACUAAUUGGAGAUCGAAUAUUGUAAUUUUGGCUCAUAACAUAGCUUGCAUGAAAUGCUCAUUGCUUGUGAUACCUGGCAGAUACCAGUAAAAUAUAAACCUGGUUGCUAUGAAUACGUAGUGGCGUAGUAGUUUUCAGUCUUGGUUGCUCAUUAAAUUUCAGAUCGAAUCUAGAAGGACACAUGAUAAAGGUAAUGGAGAUCUUUCUUGUACAUACUGUACGUCGUUUUGCUGAACCAGGACUCGAAAAUUCGUGCUACACAACUUUGAAUAAUUUCCUGAUCGAGGCUGGUUAUUGAAAUCGUGUAUUCGAGGCAGGUAUCCCUAAAUAUCCCCAAUUUUAUUAUUCGAUUUUUAUUUUCGUUAAUUUGAUUUGCAUUUUAAGGCAUUUUUGUUAUUUUAAAUUGUAGCAAAUCUUACCAUGUAAGUAGAUUGUGAUGUCGUUGUGGAUAUUGUUUAAAGUCUUAUUUGAUAAAUUCAAUAAUGUUUUGUUUAACGCUCGAGGCUUUUUUAUGUAACUGUGAAUAGUUACAUUGAGUUUUAUAAAGCGCAAAUAUUUUCUCUAUGCAUGCGUAUCUUGGAUCAUCUGGUAAACAGUGACAAUAAAAUAGUGGAACAUGCCAUCUGACGAAGACCAUGACGGGCUCGAGGCCGCUCCGAUUAACCUAUAGCGAGGCCAAGCACGAAAUCGAUAAGAGAUGUACACACCCCAGUGUAGGCCUCUAAAGAGAAAUAAAGCCUUUAUUGUCAAGUUAAUCAGUUGGUUUUGGCCUUUUUCAUAGUUUAUCAAGCAAAGGUUGCCCUUGUGCAGUAACCUCAUUUUUAGUAAGGCGUUGGCCCCAAGUUGAGAGAGCUUCGUUAGAUAAAUACCGAAUUUAUACAAUGAUAACAGAGGAUGUACUGAGUAAGUUCAUCCACUUCGGAAAAUUUCCAAAACUGUCCCUUGAGAUACAAAUGGGCCUUUUGAAAUGACUUAAGCAUUUUUGAUUUUAGCAUUUUUGUACAAUCCUUUCUUUAGAUUUACUCAACAAGGUUUUACCUAAACUCCCUUGACAUAGCCAACUUGAUGUGGCAUUCAUUAAAAGGAGGGGUUUAUUAAAAAUUUGAAGGUUGAUGUUCUUCGAAUAUUUCAAAAUGCGUGAUUUCUGGGGCUGGAGAUUUAUCUUCCAAUUUCAAAACUCCGAAUGUUAAAAGAUUAUGUUUUGUUCUUCCCAACUCAAUUUCGGGUUAUAUUCUAAAGCCAGAAGCUUUGAGAGACAGUAACACAAAACCCUAAAAUGUAUGAAAAUUCUUAUUUUCAAUAUGUUAAAUAAGUUACAGAUUUCCUGUAGACGUGAAUAGGCUAGAUACAUCUAGAAAGGUCGUUAAAAGAAAUUAGAAAACUCCAAAACAAGACGUAUUAUUGUGUUAAGGGGGGCUUUUUGACGUUUCAAUUCGCAUUCCGAAGACCAACUGAGGUCUUUUCAUCCAAAUACUUUAUUGGAAUUUUAUUUAUUUGGAAUUUUAU